AUGGUUGCAACAUUGCAUAUUAAUGUCAUGAAUGGUACUAUUUUCAAGGCAUAUCGUUUGGAACCGCUUGUUCACAAUCAGUAUUCUUUUGUUAAACCUCUGAAACUGUAUUCUGCACUUGAUCCGAGAUCACAAAAAAAUUAUGAUUUUCUCCCACCUGAACUCAACAAGCAAUAUAUAAAGAAAAUGAAGGCUAGAGAAAAGCAAGAAAGAACUGUGAAAUCAGAAACUGAAGAAAAGGAGAACGAAGAUGUUGGCGAAGAAGGAGAGUCAGACAGUGAUGACUCACCUCUGCGGCCAACCAGCUCGUGUUCUUCUUUGAGAAGUUUAUCACCUCAGCCGCACGAAGAAGCUGAGCAACAAAGAAGUUGGUGGAAGUUUGGUUCAUCAAAGAAGGAGAAAGAUGCUACCGAAAUAGCUAAGGAGGCAGAGGAAUCAUUAAUUGAUAAUAUAGAUAAAGUUAUUGCAAGCAUACCGGCUGACAAGAAGUUAGUGCAACGGAUGGAUUUUCAAAUACAGCCUCAGUUGACUGAACGAGGCUACUAUUCUUUGUUGAGAAGUCAUUUUUCAUAUUGGGGGAGUGUGGACCUUGCUGCAUUUAUUGUUGCUCAAUUGUAUAGCAAGGAAGAAAAAGCGAACGGUAAUUCUGGUGUAGAGAAGAGUCAAGCUUUGAUUUGCCGAUUUGGGUUUUUUCCACCUGUUUAUGACACAGUUAGUAGUCUUUUAAGUUAUUUAGCUGUUGGAGGGAAGAGAGGUGGGAGCAAGUGCAAGCGGUUCUAA